AAGAACAAUGAGCAAAAGCAUGAGGGCAUGAAUGAAGAACGUAGCCAGGAGGAAUUUCCAGACUAUUAUAAAAGGCACUAUAUUUUAACAGGCAAAGAAAAACCUAAAGGUCCAGAGGAUGAAAGAAGCCAAGAGGAUUUUCCUCAAAAAAGACACUUUCUUCCCACCAAGGAGAUGCAUGAGGAUCAAGAUAAUGAACGAAGUCAGGAGGAUUUUCCAAAUUAUGUGCAGCAAAGGCACAUUUUCCUGAAAAACAAGGGCAAACGUGAAGAACCAGAUUAUGACCAAAGCCAGGAAGACUUUCCAAGCUUCAUCUACAAAAGACUCUAUCUCCUACCAAGCAAGAGCAAACGUGAAGAUCCAGACUAUGACCGAAGUCAGGAAGACUUUCCAAGCUUUGUUUACAAAAGACACAAUUUCUUGACAGGUGGGGGCAGGUAUGAAGAUAGUAAUAAUGACCAGGGGCCGGAGGACCUCCAGGAGAAUGAGGAGAGGGAAAAACGGAGGGUUAUUAGUAGAUACAGACACAGAAAUAACCACAAACGAGAUAGUGAGUCAAGCAAGGACGAACAUGAAGAUCCAGACUAUGACCGAAGCCAGGAAGACUUUCCAAGCUUUGUCUAUAAGAGACACAAUUUCUUGACAGGUGGGGGAAGGUAUGAAGAUAAUGACCAAGGGCAGGAAGACCUCCAGGAGAAUGAGGAGAGGGAAAAACGGAGAGUUAUUAGUAGAUACCGACACAGAAAUAACCACAAACGAGAUAGUGAGUCAAGCAAGGAUGAACAAGAAGAUCCAGACUAUGACAGAAGUCAGGAAGACUUUCCAAGCUUUGUCUAUAAAAGACACAAUUUCUUGAUGAGUGGGGGAAGGUAUGAAGAUAGUAACAAUGACCAAGGGCAGAAAGACCUCCAGGAGAAUGAGGAGAGGGAAAAACGGAGGGUUAUUAGUAGAUACCGACACAGAAAUAACCACAAACGCGAUAGUGAGUCAAGCAAGGAUGAACAUGAAGAUCCAGAUUAUGACCGAAGCCAGGAAGACUUUCCAAGCUUAGUCUAUAAGAAACACAAUUUCUUAACAAGUGGGGGCAGAUACGAAGAUAGUAAUAAUAACCAGGGUCAGGAGGACCUCCAGGAGAAUGAAGAAAGGGAAAAACGGAGAGUUAUUAGUAGAUACCGACACAGAAAUAACCACAAACGAGAUAGUGAGUCAAGCAAGGAUGAACAUGAAGAUCUAGACUAUGACCGAAGCCAGGAAGACUUUCCAAGCUUUGUCUACAAAAGACACAAUUUAUUGAUGAGUGGGGGCAGGUAUGAAGAUAGUAAUAAUGACCAGGGGCAGGAAAACCUCCAGGAGAAUGAAGAGAGGGAAAAACGAAGAGUUAUUUCUAGAUACCGACACAGAAAUAACCACAAACGGGAUAGUGAGUCAAGCAAGGAUGAACAUGAAGAUCCAGACUAUGACCGAAGCCAGGAAGACUUUCCAAGCUUUGUCUAUAAGAGACUCAAUUUCUUGACAGGUGGGGGAAGGUAUGAAGAUAAUGACCAAGGGCAGGAAGACCUCAAGGAGAAUGAAGAGAGGGAAAAACGGAGAGUUAUUAGUAGAUACCGACACAGAAAUAACCACAAACGAGAUAGUGAGUCAAGCAGGAAUGAACAUGAAGAUCCAGACUAUGACAGAAGCCAGGAAGACUUUCCAAACUUUGUCUAUAAGAGACACAAUUUCUUGACAGGUGGAGGAAGGUAUGAAGAUAAUGACCAAAGGCAGGAAGACCUCCAGAGGAAUGAAGAGAGGGAAAAACGGAGAGUUAUUAAUAGAUACCGACACAGAAAUAACCACAAACGAGAUAGUGAUUCCUCUGCAGAAGACGGAUAUCUUGAGACAAGUGAAAGGCUUGCAGAUCUAAGUCCUUCCCAGAAACUGGAACUUGCUAAUGCUCUCCGAUUAAAAAUGGGUCUGCUUAACAUGAAAGACGCAACUGAGGGAGAAAAGGACGAGCUUCAUCAGAACGCUCUUACUUCAGAGUAGCUGAAAGAACUGGAGAAACUGGUCCCAGUGGAGCAGAUAAAUAAGCCAUGUUGUAAACCAGAGGUGACCCAGACAUUCUUACAUCUGGCAUCCUUAUUAUAAAACUCCAAAACCUUGUUGUGUUGUUGCUGCUACUGUUUUAAGCUGCUUUUAGAUUAAUUGUUGCAUGAUGUAUUAACUAUGAGGUCUAUUAAUGUGAAUCAUGUUUGACAGUUAGUAGAGGCCUGCGUUACCUGUAUAAAGCCUAAAUACAUAUUAAGUGCAGAAGUUUACAACCCCUAUGGUUGUAAACAAAUAAAUUAAAUAGAAUUUACAUAAGGAUAAAAAUUGA